CCUGCCUGACCAUCAUUCCUCAGCUCCCCCGUGACCCCAAGGGAGUCCUCCACCCCUAGAGAAGUAACUUUCACACUUUCCCCCUUUGUGUGUCCUCCCCCAUUUUUGCCUCCCUUUACUGUAUAUUUUCCUUCCCCGCUUUCCAGUGCCCAUCAGUGGCUGCGGAGUCUGCAUGGGGCUCGGCAGAGCUGAACGCCCAGAGCUUUUGGCUGUUUUGUUUAAGACCUGGUUCUGGUUGUGGGAUUUUUUUUUUUUUUUUUUUUUGUCAGCUGCCUGUUAUAUCAAUCACGGAGUCGGGAUCUAUUUAUAGGUUGGGAGUACUGUGUCCUUAGUCACAAAGAGACACAGACAGGGGACUGUCAGCUGGUGCUGGAGGAGCUGAGCACCGAGUCAUCAGCAAGUGGAAACACCUGAGGGGUAGCCUGUCCCCCGCCAGCCCCUGUCCUCAACCCGGCCCCAAGCAUGCUGCUGAACAGAAUGUCUGCGGACGACCGGCACCUGGGCUCCAGCUGCGGCUCCUUCAUCAAGACGGAGCCGUCCAGCCCCUCCUCGGGCAUCGACGCCCUCAGCCACCACAGCCCCAGUGGCUCGUCCGACGCCAGCGGCGGCUUCGGCCUGGCCCUGGGCGCCCACGCCAAUGGUCUGGACUCGCCGCCCAUGUUCGCAGGUGCCGGGCUGGGCAGCACCCCGUGUCGCAAGAGCUACGAGGACUGUGCGGGUGGCCUCAUGGAGGACUCGGCCAUCAAGUGUGAGUACAUGCUCAACGCCAUCCCCAAGCGCCUGUGCCUCGUGUGCGGGGACAUCGCCUCCGGCUAUCACUACGGCGUGGCGUCCUGCGAGGCCUGCAAGGCCUUCUUCAAGAGGACCAUCCAAGGGAACAUCGAGUACAGCUGCCCCGCCACCAACGAGUGCGAGAUCACGAAACGGAGGCGCAAGUCCUGCCAGGCCUGCCGCUUCAUGAAAUGCCUCAAAGUGGGGAUGCUGAAGGAAGGUGUGCGCCUUGACCGAGUGCGUGGAGGCCGCCAGAAAUACAAACGGCGGCUGGACUCUGAGAGCAGCCCGUACCUGAGCUUACAGAUUUCCCCACCUGCUAAAAAGCCAUUGACCAAGAUUGUCUCCUACCUGCUGGUGGCCGAGCCCGACAAGCUGUAUGCCAUGCCUCCCCCUGGCAUGCCCGAGGGCGACAUCAAGGCCCUGACCACUCUCUGUGACCUGGCUGACAGGGAGCUCGUGGUCAUCAUCGGCUGGGCCAAGCACAUCCCAGGCUUCUCGAAUCUGUCUCUCGGGGAUCAGAUGAGCCUGCUGCAGAGCGCCUGGAUGGAGAUCCUGAUCCUGGGCAUCGUGUACCGCUCGCUGCCCUACGACGACAAGCUGGUGUUCGCUGAGGACUAUGUCAUGGACGAGGAGCACUCCCGCCUCGCCGGGCUGCUGGAGCUCUACCGGGCCAUCCUGCAGCUGGUGCGCAGGUACAAGAAGCUCAAGGUGGAGAAGGAGGAGUUUGUGACACUCAAGGCGCUGGCUCUGGCCAACUCAGAUUCCAUGUACAUCGAGGAUCUGGAGGCGGUGCAGAAGCUGCAGGACCUGCUGCACGAGGCGCUGCAGGACUACGAGCUGAGCCAGCGCCACGAGGAGCCCCGGAGGACGGGCAAGCUGCUGCUGACGCUGCCCCUGCUGCGGCAGACGGCCGCCAAGGCCGUGCAGCACUUCUACAGCGUCAAACUGCAGGGCAAGGUGCCCAUGCACAAACUCUUCCUGGAGAUGCUGGAGGCCAAGGUCUGAUGGCCCGGCACCUGGACCGACUCCCACCCGCGGACAGACCGGCGGACGGACCGCCGCGGAGACCUCCACAGCCACCAGCCUCGACCUUCAAGCCCUGUAUCAUGGCCACGGGCAGUCCCAGAGGAAGGGCUCCCUCGCCUCCCGGCUGUUCGUGGAGUCCGGAGUACAGCGGGGCAGGGGAACAGGGAGGGGAGGGCAGGGCGUGGGCUCAUCUGUAACUGGCUUUUUCUUGGGUAUGUUUUUCCUUCUCCAUGGGCAGUGCUGAGGUCUGGGCAGGGGCUGACUCCCUUGAAACUGGAGACCAUCGAGGAAGUGCCCCUUCCGCCCAUGAAAGCCCC